AAUUCAUUUUCCUCAAGCCAUCAAAAAACAAAACAAUCAUUUCAAACAAACAAAAAAAUCCAUCAAGCUAUGGCUUCAAUGCAAUGCUACAAAGAAGAAGGCAAAGAGUUCGAUUACUAUAGUUAUGGAAACCAAAAACCAACUUCUUACUCGAACUCUGGAUACGAACAAUCUUACUACGAGAAAGAAAAGUGUUAUGAAACCAAACCUGAAAUGAUGGGCUACGGCUCUAGCCAUGGUCAUCAACAUGGUAGCAACCCAUGUGGGCCAAUGAUGGGCCAUAGCACGGGCCAUGGAAUGGGCUACGGUACGGGCCACAACAGUACUUCUCAUGGGAUGGGCUAUGGUACGGGCCACAACGGUACUUCUCAUGGAAUGGGCUAUGGCACGGGCCACAACAAUACUCAUGGGAUGGGCUAUGGUACGGCCCACAACAUACACAAACCUAAGCCCAAUGGGCUUGGAAUGGGCUUGGGCUUCGGAGCGGGCACGCCUUUGGGCCAUGUUAUGGGCUUUGGAAAGAAACAUGAGGGACAUAGUAGCUAUGGAAUGGGCUCUUCGGGUUGCACCACUUACAAGAAACAACACCGUAGGAGAAAUGGUUACGGCAGUGGCAGCGAUUGCAGCGACAGCAGUGAUGACGAGCGUCAUUGCUAAAUUAAUUACUACAGGGUUUCAUGUGUAGCAGCCUGGCUUAUGAGAAGGAAAAGAUUGAAUUAUAUGUCCCAGUACUAUAAGGGAGUAUUGUAUGAUAAUAAAAAAUAAGAAGCAAAUCAGCUAUGGCUAGCUAUAUCGACUACUGAAGUAGAUUAUGAAAUCUUAAGUUGUGUGUAUGUGUACGUGUUGGUACUUUAAGUAUCAAUAUUAAUGUAACUGCUUAUUACCUUUGGCAAUAAAACUACGUUAUUUGUGUCGAUUAUAUACAACAA